AGAUAAGCGUAACCCUGGGACGGUAGCUGUUCCCUUCCGGGCAGUGUUUUCUAGCAUAAAUUAAUCAACAGUGGUUAGCAGUUUAUCAAAAGGAAGCCGGAUAAGCUGUGAGCUAGUAGAAGUGACUGGCUGCCCGACUACUAGCCUUUCCUUGCUGCCGCGUGCAGGAAUGCAUUAAAGGUGUUGAUAUCCCAAACGCCUUCAUGAAUAGAAGAUUUCAAUAAGCCUUAUUGCUUUCGGACACAAAUCAGGACACUUGUGAGAGAUGGAGACAAGUUGGGAGCGCAGAGAGAGUAAGGAGUAUCGAUAGGCUUUCCUAAUAUGUGGUAUAAUGAUGGUAGAGACCUCCCAGCUUUUUUUAUUAACAGUAAUCUGCAAUGAAAUAUUGGUAAAAUUAAUUCACUCUCAGUUCAGAUUGCUAAAGUACAUCUGCAUUUCAAUUGCUUUUUAGAAGUAAUUCGCUAGCAGUAUCCUAGCUUCAUAGCUAGUGAAAAUGAAGAAUUUAAACUAUAUAUAUGUUUAAAUUGUCAUAUAUCCUAUAGAUAACAGGCAUAACUCAGGCAGAAGACAGUAGCAGCUGUGUAAAGUCAUCUGGCAGUGGAAGGCUGUUCUGAUGAAUGAAGGCAAAAAUUUGGGAUAUGAGACCUUAGUCUGAGACACCAACAAGAAACUUGCAGUUACAGAGCAUUCCACCUCACAAGCUUGAGACUCACAGCUUACCAGGUCUGAUGUCCAGUGCUGGAAAUGCAAUAAAUAAGGUUGACCAAGAACUGGAACAAGAUGGUAUCUGUGCUCCAAAAUGUCAAGGCAACAAUGGCCUGGCGGAAACACCAGCUCCUAGCUGACUUUGAUGAGAAUGAGAGCCCCGUACCCGACGAAUUCAAGAGAAGGGCUUCUCUGAGUUCUCUCAGUACCAUCCGCAUGUCUCUAAGGAAGAGAGCGCCAUUAAAGCAAAUAGAGUUGAAUUUUCAUAAGACCCCAACUUGGGAAAGUCUGGAAGACAGACAGAAGUGCCAAACUCUUCAGAGUAUUAAAAGAACAGCAAAAAAUGCUUUUGGAACAGUGUCCCAGAAAAUACAGAAGUCUUGCCAAAUCCCAGAAGACUUGAUGGUGACCUUUCCAGCUGAAUCCAUCAGCAGAAGCUGUGCAACCAGUUCUGCCAAGAAAACAAGUACUACACCUCGAACUGCUUGCCCUAAGAAGAGCAUUACUCCAGCAGCCGGUUCCAAAGGCACCCCAAGAUCCAGCAAAAGAGCCUUGCUUGGGCCACCAAGGGUGUCAGAACACAGAAAAUGGAGGGGUUUCUCAUCCUGGCUUGGUAAAGAUGCUGUCUCUCUCCGGAGAUCAAGAAGAGCAGCAGCACUGAAGAGCCCUUAUUCAUCACCUCUUCCUGCCAGCAGAAAGAUAGAGUUUGACUGCGAGUUGGAGCUGGUCUCCUCAGGGAUUUGUCAAUUGAAGCGUAUCUCCCAGGCAUUUGAUGAUGCCAUUGUGCAAGAGGAAAGUGAUAUGACAGUUUCUCUCAUUCGUAACUGAAGAUAGUAUCAACCAGGCAACAUGCAAUAUCAAACUACUACUAUCUAAUGGCACAAAACUUACAGUCUGCGCGUCGGUCUCAGAAACUUUUUCAAGCUAUCCGAAGGCGAACAAAGAAACUCCAUCAAGCACUUGGUACCUAGACAGAGAUGGCUGUAACUGUUGUUAGUUUAUGAGCAUAGAUAAAGGAGAGCUCUGUGUAGCACGUGAAAGGGUGCACUCUAUACGUUGAACAAGCCAUUCCAUUUUAUAAUCUUUCUUGACAAAGCAGCUCAGGACUUCCCUUCCCUUUGUUUCUCUUUUUAAGUGAACAGGAGAAUCAAAAUUAUACCACAGUGUAUUAUCUCCUGCUGAGACAAGCGACCAUCUUGAAUGUGACUUUUAUAAGGCAAUAAGUACUUUGAAACUUAUGUUGAAUUGACCAAUAGGAAUGGCCAGAGCAAGGGCCACAGACUUAUGAAGGGUGAUCAUAGGUAAUAGUAGUAUUUAGAGUGGUAUCCAAUUGCCAUGGGUUUUAGUAUGAGUACUUUGCAUACUAAAAGUACUAGUCCAUUAUUCUGAAAGCCUAACAAUUUUUUUUUUCUAUAUACAAACAAACCAAAAGUUAAGCAUCAUGUUUAACUGGAAGUUAAUGAAACAGUAGUGGCUUGUUUGAAUUCUGACCACAACUGCCAUUCCAAGGCAACGGGUUUCUGUGGAGUCACUCAUACCACAACAGAGGAGCCACAUUAAGACUCUAAUUCAUGGCCUUAAGGAUUGCUAUUAGAUUAGCCUAACUGAUCCCUAAGUAAUUGGGCUCCAGACAAAUCAGAGCAACUUUGUCAUUUCUUGCUGCUGCUUUAAAUAGCAUCUUGGCAGUUGAGUUAAACAUUGCUUUUGUACUACAAUAUCUGUCUUUUAGUUAUACACAGAAAUUGGUUACUACAAUUAUUGUAACCUCUUAUAACUACUGUUAUUAGCUAGUAUCACAGUGCAGGUGUUUUAUUUGAUGAAGUAUACUAAGUGUUUGAUACCUGUAUUUUGCCUCUAAUUACUUUUUUUAAAAAAGUAAUGUUCAUUUGAUAAGCCUUUUUUGGUAGGUGAUUCAGUUCAACAAAGUUUAGUCUCAAACUAAAGCACAGAUUUCUCAAGCGCUAGAAUUCACCAGGGCUGUUUUCCAUGGCAGCAGCUUUGUGCAGGCUUCUCAGAUUACAUUCACUCUAAGAUGAACCUUCAAACAAGACUGAUUUGGGAAACUUUGUUCUCCUUGAUAAUUUUUAAGAUGCAUGUGUUAUUUAGUGAAAGUGGAACUAACUAAAAUUUUAAUGGUAUUAAGUAUAAAUAUGGGAAGCAGUCAUGUUCGAGUCUGAUUCAUGUGUAAGUAGUGAUUUUAAACUUGCUCCUGAUUUUUUUCUUUUUUUCUUGUCAAACUAGAUUGUUUUAAAAUAUUGAAACAGUUAAUGAGGCCUGGAAACAUGAAAACAAUGAUGACUUCCAGGCUUUCAUAUGACUGAGAGUUUUAGCUUGUGUUAUUUCUUGAUGUAGUUUUUGUGUGUGUGUUUUGUUGUGGUUUUGCUUUUUUUUAACCACCUUUCUAUAUGGAACAGUAGCUUGAAGUUAUUCUUUGUAUGUACUGAAACUGCUUCUAUAAAGCUUUCACAAAGAUGGUGUCUCAUUACUGAAAAAUUCUUAUAUGACUCUUCAAAAGGAAGGAGGGUUGGAGUUUUAUGAAAAGUCAACCUCCGAUCUAAGUAUCAUUUCAGAUAGUCAGAUGUAUUAAACAGCCUCUCUUUA